AUGGGGCGCAUGGAAGUCGAAAAGCUUCGAUAUUUGGAGCGAGAAGACUUCCGAGUUUUGAUAGCUGUAAGUGUGAUAACAUCAUUACCAUUACUUCAAUGGAAUGCUCUGACUGUGGAAAUGGGGAUGAAAAAUCACGAGAUCGUACCGCUUCCCCUCAUAUCAGCUAUCGCUGGUAUCCACAGAGGAGCUGUCGCGCGUAUGCUCUCCGAUCUCUGCAAACACGGCUUGGUGGCAUUCGAGAGAAGCAAGAAAUAUGACGGUUAUCGUCUCACUGUUUUGGGAUACGACUUCUUAGCGCUGAAAGCGCUAUGCACUCGUAAUGUUGUUGGCAGCGUAGGCAAUCAGAUUGGUGUUGGAAAAGAGUCGGACGUAUAUGUGGGUGGAGAUCCGGAAAGAAAUGAUCUCUGCCUCAAAUUUCAUCGCCUUGGUCGAACAUCGUUUCGAAAAAUCAAAGAGAAGCGUGAUUAUCAUAAGAAACGACAUGCAGCAUCAUGGCUAUAUUUGAGUAGGCUCGCAGCCACGAAGGAGUUUGCAUUUCUCAAAGCACUGGCCGAGCAUGGCUUUCCUGUCCCUCGACCUGUAGAUGUGUGCCGCCAUCUUGUCGUGAUGGGACUGAUUGAGGGCGACACUUUAUGCCAUGUUGAUCAUGUGGAAGACGUCGGAGCUUUAUAUGAUAGAUUGAUGGCAUUGAUAGUAAAAUUUGGGCGGCAUGGACUUAUACAUGGAGACUUCAACGAAUUCAAUAUUAUGCUGCUGGAGGGUGAGAAAGUCAUCGUCAUUGAUUUUCCACAAAUGGUUUCUAUAGAUCACCCAAACGCACAGUUCUACUUUGAAAGAGAUGUGGAGUGUGUGAGGACCUUCUUCAAGCGAAAAUUUGGUUAUGAUUCCGAUGACUUUCCUAAGUUUUCUGAAGUUUCUCGUAAAUAUAACUUGGAUGUCGAGUUAGAAGCGAGUGGAUUCACCAAACAGAUGCAGAUUGACCUGAAUAAGGCUUAUGAUACCGGCAACUUUUAUGCACACCAAGAUUUUGAUGAUUCAGAUGAGGAUGAAGAGACAGAAGGAGUAAGUCUCGCAGCAAACUCUCACUUGUAAAA